UAAAUAGAAAAACACAGAGCAGAUAAGGGAAGUAAAAAAGAUCACGUUUUAAUUUUUAAAUCAUAUUUUUUUCUAACCAGUUUUACUUUUCCGAACAGAGACAGAUCACAAACAAAAUCACAUCACGCAACAAAGACACUAUUAUCCAUUUAUUGACAGCCAAACCCAAAUACAUUAUCUUUUUCUAAAAUCUCUCAAAACCAACAAAGCUAAAGAAUCAGAAGAAGCUCCAUUAUCAAUUCAUUCACUGUUCUUGAUCUGGAAAGGAUUUUGUUUGAUUGAUUGAUCGGAGACGAUGCCGCAGCAAUUACAGGAGAGAAUCAGAGCUUUCUUCAACAACAGAUGGCUUGUGUUUGUGGCUUCAAUGUGGGUUCAGUCUUGUGCUGGAAUUGGGUACUUGUUUGGGAGUAUAUCGCCUGUGAUAAAGAGCACUAUGGGUUACAAUCAGAGACAAGUUGCCAUUUUGGGUGUGGCUAAAGAUUUGGGGGACAGUAUUGGCUUCAUUGCUGGUACUCUGAUCGAGGUUUUGCCCGUUUGGGCUGUUUUUUCCAUUGGUGUUGUUCAGAAUUUUGUUGGGUAUGGUCUUGUUUGGCUCAUUGUCACUCACAGAUUGCCUACUUUGCCUUUGUGGGUGAUUGUUGCAUAUCUCGUCCUUAUCUAACUUACAGAGUGGACCACACCAGAACCUUCGUCUCCUCACGACGAAUCCAACGCCACCAGAUUCAUCAUCAUCCGACGUUCCACGCGACUCCACGCGCCUCAUACACUUGUCCCGUGCUAUUGUGCGCCGCAGCCUCAUCUGCUAACGUGAGCCGCAUGUUUCUGACGUCAGCCCUGGCUGCUUUCGUGCGCCGCUUGUUCUCCUCUGCUAUCGUACGCCGCGCACUUCUCUGCUAACGUGCGCCGCGCCUAUGACAUCAUCUCUGUAGACAAUGACAUCAUCCUUUUUGACCAGAAUUGUUGACCAGAACAGUCAACUCACUUUGACAAGCCAAUUUAGUGCCUUUCUGGUCAUAUUUUUUGGUCAGUUCACUCCUUUCCCACUGAUUUCGACCCUCUGAAUUCACUGGCAACCUCGGAUUUUUCAGAUUCUACCUCAAUAGUACUGCUUUUCCCUCAUGGAUUGCCUGGACUCCUCUAACAACCCUAUUUCCGUUGUUCUUGACGGGACUAACUAUGUCUUAUGGGCACAAGCUAUGUCUGGGUUCCUCAAAGGAAAGAAACUUUGGCCCAUCAUCACUGGGGAUAUGUGCAAACCCAUCCAAACAACCACGGAAUCCACUGCCACCACGGAAUCCGUUGCCAAAUAUGUCAACCGUCUGGAGGAUUGGGAUAGUAAAAACUAUCAGAUCAUCACUUGGCUUCGCAAUACUUCUAUUACAUUUAUCAGCCUUCAGUUUGGUCGGUUCCAACUUGACUCUGCUUCCUCUCCAGCCAAGGCCAUCUGGGAUUUUUUACAAGAACGCUAUCAGACUACUGGCCUUGCUCACCAAUAUCAGCUUCUAAGUCAUCUUCACCGUAUGCGCCAAGAAACACCUCAGACCAUUAAUGAUUUCCUCUCCCAAAUGUAUUAUGUUUGGGAUCAGCUCGCUCUUUCUGAACCUCCAUGGGAUUGUACUACGGAUGCUGCCUUGUUUACUACUUACCGUGACCAACAGCGCUUGGUUCAGUUUCUCAUGGCUCUCACUUCCCGUUUUGAGCCAGUACGCGCAUCUCUCCUUUAUCGCACUCCUUUACCCACUCUUGACCAAGCAAUUUCUGAACUCUUGUCAGAGGAAACCAAGUUUGGUCCUCUCCAUCCGCACCCUGUGGACUCUGUUCUUGCUACUCCCCAGAUUCGGAGUUCUCCUUCACCACCUUCACCAUAGAAGUCAACUUUCUGCAACUACUGUCAAAAUUGUAGUCUUCCGUCGACUCAUCUUCUGGUUAAUUGUCCAGUUCGUCUUUGUCGGUUUUGCAACAAGACUGGUCCUACUCAUCUCUAGCAAGA